CGACUUUGUCCAACUCCUCUCUCUCUCUCUCGGUUCUAAGCGCUUUGGCACGACGUCCUUUUUACGAGCUAUGUGCUACCCAUUGGUGCAACUCUCUCUCCUCUCUGCUACGUGCCACGUGAACUUGGUGCUUCGUGCUUCUUGCUAGGUGAACUUGGUGCUUCGCGCUACGUGCUUUGAGUGCAACCACGAGUUGGUGCCCCUCUCCCUCUCCCUCCUUACGUGCUUCAUGAACUUGGUGCGCCGCACUUCAAGAACUCGGACGUGCAUUGGUGCUACUCAGCUUGAGGCUUUGUCAUUCUUGGUUGGAGGCUUCGUCGAAUUGGACGCCUGCGUCGACUGGCUCAAUCAACGGGAACGACUGUUCACGUGGGAGACCGUGAUGGGCGAUGAGGCCGCACAUUGGGUGGAAGUGACAUCUGCAGACGGGGCCCCGGAGACUGAGAAAGGGCUGUCAGCCCUUGCGCAGGUCUCCCACGACCUCGUGGCCACCUGCGCUCUGCAGCAGGAGGAAAUCCUUCACCUGCAGCAGAUAGUGGACCAGAUGCUCGCACGGCUGCAGGCGUUGGAGAAACAGCCAGCUGUUGUAGCAGCCGCAGGGCCUUCCACCCUUACCACCCGUGUGCAAGUUUUGGAGGAUGACGUCAGCAACAUCAAGCGUGUGCAUCAGGACUUCCGGACGUCGCAUCAAGCAAGGAACUUGCAGUUGGAGACGCAGGUCCAGGCUGCUGCCACCGUGACGCCCGCCGCCGCAUCCUCCCGGCGCCCACCCAAGCUGGAUGACAUUCUCGUCUUUUGCGAUCAGUCCAAGACGGAACCGAUCCCCCACAGCGUAGCAGUGUCGGAACUGCACACCAAGCUCACUUGGCAGGAGUUGACCGACGCCUGGCACAAGCGAUUCCAAGUGGAGCCGCYCGACCUGMAAGCGAUGGACAAGCUCAACAAGCUCCAUCAGAACACGCUGCUCAGUCAGGACUGGAUUACCGAGUUCCAAAGACUCGCCUCCACACCUGACCUGCCGCUCGCAUUCCGCGCCAUCGAGCACUGGUUUAUCAUGCGCUCGUGUCCAGCUCUGCAAAACGCGCUGACGCAGAUUGCAAAGACACUCGAGACAUCUGACAAGCUUUUCAGCACAGCGUCACAGAUCAUUCUCACGAAUAUAGAAGCCCGCAACGCCGGCCGAUCUUCCGCGACGACGAGCGGCACCCAGCCCAAGCCAAAGGUGGCUUGCAUUACUUCUACCAAGGCUGCAACACCAAACGAGGGUGAAGUGUUGGCAGCUGCCCGGGAUGGUGGCCGGCCGCGCAACAACCACGGCCGCGACAAGACGAAGACUCAGUCCACCUCUACACCGAGCACCGGAUCAGCCGCCGACGAACCUUGGGCACAAUAAGGACUCUCGGCGAAUUCUUAUCGCAUGA